AUGCCAUUACAUAUUGCUACUAAGUUAAUGAAUUAUGAAAUAGUUAAGAUACUUGUUGAUAAUGGCGCUGAUAUUAACCAGCAAGAUAUACAUGGCUACUCUCCAUUAUAUCGUGCUAUAGAUAGAGGCGAUACAAAUGCAGUAACGUACUUUGUCAAGCAUAAAGCACGAACAGAUUUAGUUACUGAGAAAAAGCUCAAUGCUUUAAAUUUGGCUCAACAAAAUUUCCAAAAUUCAGUCAUAGAAAUAUUAACAGGAAAAUCACCUCUUCUCAAAGUCAUUACAAAUGAACUAAUUGUAGGACCUUACGCUCGAUUUGAUAUGUAUCCUAAUAUUGACGACUUUCCAAUACCAAGACUACCAGCUACAGAUCCAUUUGACGGACCUAAAUAUCCAGAGCGUGAAUAUAAUGAGCCUGAAACAGAUCAUUACCAAGCACAACCAGAUUAUCGUGCUAGAUUCUCAAACGACAACUACCGUGAACGUGAACCACAAGAGUUUGAGCGACCAAGAACCUAUAAUCAACAUCAAAGGUUUACAGAUCGAAAUCUUGACAGAAAUGAUCAAGAACAGCCUCAUAGAAACCAAGAAUAUUCUCAAAACAGAUACCAAAAUGAUUACAAUCGUGAUUCAAACCAAAGAAGAAAUGAUUAUCGUGAAAGAAAUCAAAGAGAUAAUAAUUCAUCAAAAUUCGAGCCAUAUACACCAGAAAGUUCUCAGACUAAUCAGACAAAGCCACAUCCACAAGAAAAACCACAACAAGUCCAAAAUAAACCUUCGGAAAAAAUUACGAUCCAAGUUGGUACUCAAAAACAGGCUCCAAGGCCAGAACAAGUACAGAAAACUGAAAAACCGCGUUCUACUUUUGAAAAACCUCAAAAAGAAAAACCAAUUUUACAAGUUGGCGUUCAAAAGCAAGUUCCUAAGCCACCAGCCCAACCAGUUAAAGAGAAGCCACAAAAUGUUCCAAAACCAUCUGAUUUUGUCAAUAAUAAAUCAGACCAUCAAGAACAUCGUCCUCCUAAGAAGAAAGAGAGGUCAACACCAGACUUUACAGAAUACAGAGGCUCUGCAAACAAGAGAUCUGUUCCUGACUUUGCCGAAUACAGACCUCAACAAAACAAAUUCAACAUAGAAGUCAAGAAGAACGACACGUCCAAGCUUGAAAUCGUCAAGUCAAGCUCCACCAAUGAUAUUCCUAAAGAAGAGGAUAAUAAGGUUAGAUCUGCUACAACAAAGUCCGGAAAGACAAUUACAAUUGAGAAACCAACUCUCAUUGUACAGCCUAAAGCAGUUGAAGCUCCAAAGCCAUCAAUUUUAGAAAAAUCUGCUUUCAAAAUUCAAUUUCCAGACAAAGGACAAAAACUUCAGAUUCCUAAGCUAAACAUUACUAUAGCCGAAACAACAAAGAAAGAAGAGUUCAUUUCUUGUCCAGCUUGUAGUUUCAUUAGUGCCAAAAUUGAAUAUCUUCUUGAACACUUCAUCCAGAGCCAUCACAUGACCACUGACUUCGAAGACAAGUUCCUUUUAUCGAAAUCGACCAAGACACAAACAGCUGUCUGUUCAGUUUGCAACGGUGAGUUUCCAAUUACUCAAUUUCGAAUCCAUGUAUGCAGAGACCACACAAAUGAUGUUCUACUGUUUAUUGGUGAUAUGUCUAAUACAUCAAAGAUCUCAGCUUUCUGCAGGAAACAACGCAAACCAGCCAAAAACGAAGAAGAAGAAAAAACAGAAAAAAUUGAAAAACAAGAUGAAACAAAAAGUGACGAAAAAUCUGACGAAUCAGAAGAACUCAGCGAAGUAUCAUCAGAUGAAGAGCUCAGUGAUGUUUCCAGUGGAUAUUCAGAAGACUCUGAUGAUCCAGAAGCCGAAGCAUACAUGGCAUUUGUUACAUCAACAAUUGACAUGAAAGGGUUGAGUGCUGCAAAGAAAUCUGAGAAAGACAAUGAAGAAAUUGUUGUUCAGAAGCAAGAAGUGAAAGAAGAAGUCAUCAAUGAACCUGUCAAAGAAGAAAUAGAAGCAGUAAAUUAUAUCACUUUACUUGAAAAUCUUGAUUACGUUGAGAAAUUGAUGACAUCAGCGAAAUUCAUCCAAAUUAAUCCUGUUCCUCACUGCUGUCUCUGCCAAAAGGAUUUCACAAGCACAGUAUCACUCAUGAAACACUGUAUGGAUAACCACACACCGAAAUUCACUCCACAAUUCUUAAAAGUCCUUGAUUUCAUAAUCCCUGGAAUUACUUUUGAAAAAAGUGACAAUGAAUUAUUAAUUGACCAAAAUUUGAACAUUUCUUUGUGCUGUUAUCCAACACUCAAAUGUCCAACUAAUCCACGUGUUGAGUAUGAACUAUCAUUCCCUAAUCUUUUGGCUUCUUUGAUUGUUGAAGCUUUGGCAGCUGAUAAUCCACAACCAAUGAUUUUCCCGAAGUAUUUCGACAACACAGUACUGAUGUUGAAGAUACCUGUUCAAACACCAUUCGUUGUCACAACAUAUGAGAACGAAACAGUGUUUGGAAUCGUAUCAACUCCUCAUCUUUCAGCUGAUAAAAUCAAAAACAUUUUGAACCAAAUUGCUGAAUAUCAGAGGAAUCUUUCGGUAUUGGCAAUAAGAUAUACGAAUAUAUCUGAUGAUGGAAUGAUAGAUGAUGACAUCUACAACAUCGCUAACAUGCAGGGAUGCCAUGUUUUGAGAUCUGAAAUAUCUUAUGACCAAGAUUUGAAGAGUUUCGAUUCUUUCUUCUUCUGCAGUAGCUGGACAGAACAGACGAAAGAAAACAUCAAGAAUGAUAUAGGAGAUAUCUUCUAUAACUGCGAAAUUUGCCAAUGCGGCAAAUGUGGUCAAACAUUUCGUCACAAUGAUGAAAGUUUAUGCAACGAUGGAGAGCCACACACAGCAGAUAGCACUAUUUCUAGUGCAGAAUUCUUUGAAUUCAUAGUAGAUGAAUUUCAAGGUUAA